GGCCCAGGUAGUCCUGGGACCCCCGGCCAUGGGUGAGCAAGCCCACCACAGAGCCCAAGUGUGCUCUGGCACCAACCUCAGGAAGUGCCAGGACCUAGGAGACUCAAUUCUUCUGAUUCUGGGCAGUGUCAUCUUGCUCAACGUGGGGAUCAAUGUGGUGAUUCUGCUCUGGAGGCAUCUGAAGAGCUCCUUGCGGAUUCUUUUCCGUCACUUUUUCCCCAAAGACAAGCAACCCAGCCGUAUAGGCAGCCAUCCCAUGUGUAUGCGCUGCUCCAUGGAUCCCAAGAACCUGUUCGCAAGAGUCUCUUCCCACUUCCAUCAUCGCCCAAGCUUCCUGCUUGGGCACCCUAACCACCUUGACUCCUGGAUACCAGACACGAAUGAUGAGAAGGCUUCUAGGUGCUGCUGGAUGCCACCUCAGUAUGGACACGCCAAGGCUCCUGUGGAGGCUCCGUGGGGACUGUGGAAGGAGGGGAUGAUGGGAGCUGGGGAGGCCCCUCAGGUCACAGCCUUAAAGGCCCAAGCCACCUUCUUCUCCAGGCAAGAGACAUCUUCCCAGUUCCCCAGGAUGAGCAAGUUGGACAUGGUUCCACUCCGCUUGCCCCCAAAGAGCAAGACUAAGACCCCAGACUAUGACCCAAACCAGGCCCCCACCCAGGCCCCGACCCACUCCCCAGUCCACGCCCCUGAGCACACCCACCCCCAGGCCCAGACUCGCUCUCCAGUCCAGACCCCUGAGCACAUCCCUGCCCAGGCCCAGACUCGCUCCCCAGUCCACACCCCUAAGCACAUCCCCGCCCAGGCCAAGACCCGCUCCCCAGUCCACCACCCUGAACACACCCAACCCCAGGCCCAGACCCGCUCCCCAGUCCACCACCCUGAACACACCCAACCCCAGGUUCAGAUCCGCUCCCCAGUCCACCCCCCUGAGCAUAGCCCCACCCGGGCCCAGACCCACUCCCAAGCCCUCACUCCUGAGCACACCCCUGCCCAGGCCCAGGGCCCUGAGCACACUUCAGUCCACACCCUGGGCCACAGCCCAGAGCACAUAACAGUCCACGCCCCAGCCUGCACCCCAGCCCAGGCUCGUCUAACCUAUACCCAUGCCCACACUCUGGUCCCUGCCCCAAACUCUGUCCCAGCCCCUCCCCCAACUUCUGCCCCUGCCACUACUCCUGCCCCAGCCCCUACACCAGCCCCUGUCCCAAUCUCUGCCUCAACCCCUGCCCCAGCAUUGGUCAUGGCCCGGACUACCACUCCAGUCCCUGCACCUGUCCCUGCCACCACCUCUACCCCCAUCCUAACUCCUAUUCCCUCUACCCCGCCUGCCUUCAGCCAAGGCCUCUCCACUGGCCAUGUGGUCUACAAUGCCCGCGGGGUAAAGCAGAACUUAUUCCAUGUGUGCCUCCCCCAGAACUCUGAGUAUUCCAGAAAGUACUUGGGCACUCUUUCCAGGCCCCAAGAGGGGCAGGGCCUGGUGAGCUCUGGUACAGCUGAGCAAACAUCGAAUCAACGUAGUGGGGACAGUGCCAAGCCCUCCAUAGGAUCCAUAUUGGGUUACCUGGAGUUGGGGAAUAUGGAAUGGAAGAUCUCAAAUGAUUUCAAAGACAAGUUCUCACAGCCCAAGACCUUCCCUUACUGCAGCUUCCAUCCUUGCAGUUCUGAGAAGAGAAACACAGAGUCCCAAGCUCCAGUCUACCCCAAAUUCCUGGUCUACUCCAAGGAUGCUACACCUUCUCAACCUUGCUUUCAUUCUCCAACAAAUGCCCGGAGCCCACUGUGCACCAUUCCUCCACCAUGCACUCUUUCCCUGCCUCUUGUUUCUCCCAGGUCCUUUGUCCUUCAUCAACCCACCAACAACCAGAAGCCCUCCACCUUAAUACAAACCCCUACCUUUCCCCCAACCUCCAAGUCUCCUCAGUCUGUCCCCUCUUCCCAGUUCCCCAUCCCUCUGCAGUUCUCUACCAUUUCCCAAUCCCCAAUCCAACCCCAAUCCCCGGAACUUCAUGAGCGUCUAGGCCUCACCCAAGACUCUGGCCUCCAAAAGACCCCAAGCCCUUCAAAAGACUCUAAAGUUCCCAGGAACACAGGCCUUACCCAAAAUCCAGGCCUCCGCAAGAACCCAGGCCUUACCCAAGAUCCAGGCCUCUACAAGAACCCAGGCCUUACCCAAGAUACAGGCCUCCACAAGAACCCAGGCCUUACCCAAGAUCCAGGCCUCCACAAGAACCCAGGCCUUGCUCAAGAUCCAGGCCUACAUAAGCUCCCAAGCCUUACCCAAGACUCUGCCCUUCACAAGAAUCCUCAAGAUUUUGUCAUUACUCAAGAUUCUGGCCCCCAAAAGAGUGUAGGUCCUACUCAAGAUCCAAGUAUCUCUAGGAGCACAUGUCUUACCCAACACCCUGGCCUCCACAAGAAUACACCAUUUACCCAAACUUCUGACAUUCAGAGGACCUCAGGCUUUAUGCAAGACUCUGGAGUUUAUAGGAAUCUAGAAGGAAACCAAGAGACUGUACUCCACAAAAGUCAAGAUCUCUCCCAAACAACUGGUCUCCAAAACAGCCCAGGCCCUUCUCAAGAAUCUGGGGGUUACAAGAGUACAGGUAAUGCCCAAGAUCCUGGAGUCUAUAGGAGUCUAGGCCUUACCCAAGAUUCUGGCCUGCAGAAGAACCCAUACCUUGCCCAAGACUCUGGAGUCAACAACAGCUCAGGCCUUUGCCAGGAAUCAGGUCUCCACAAGAGCCCAGGCCUUGUCCAAACUUCUGGCCUCCAUAAGGGCUCAGGACUUACCCAAGACUCGGGAGACUACAAGAAUCUAGAGACUACAAGAGACGAUAAGAAUACUCAAGAUUCUGGAGUUUGCAGGAGUCUGCGCCUUACUCAAAAUUCUGACCUCCAUAAGAAUCUAGGCCUUACCCACACCACUGAAGUUGAAAAGAAAAGUGACCUUACCCAAGACGUUAGAAUUCACAGGAGCCCAGAACGUACCAAAGGCCCUAACUUCCACAAGAACCCAGGAAUUAAUCAAGAUCCUGGCCCCCAGAAGGGUCCAGCCCUUACCCAAGACUCUGGCCUCCCCAAGACUCAAGGCCUUACGGAGGAAUCGGGCCUCUACAAGGACACAUGCCUUAUCCCAAAUCCUGACCUCCACAAGAACCCAGGCCUUGCUGCAGGUACUGAGUCUGUCCAAGUCUUGGGCCCACCUCAGACUGCAAAGUCAACACUGGCCCUGAUUAAAUCAUUUGUAUCUGAGGAGGCUCCUCAGAAGGAGGAUGCAGAGAGGCACGUACUAUGGACUUCUGUCUCACCCAGUCAGAACUCCUGCUCUUCCAAGGCCCGGGUGAUCUACAAUGACCUGCAAACCUUCUCAGAGGUACCUGUACUAAUUGAGCUGCAGCCACCCUCCCGGAGAGCAGGCAGCCAAGACUGGGUGUACCGCCCUGUGGAUAUGGUUCCUCCAGCCUGCCAGAACUAUCGCCAGAUGUCUAUGCCUCCCAAGAUCAACUGGAAGCCCUACUGUCCUGGGCCAGGCACCCGGGUAGGGCAUGUGGUCUUUGAUGCCCGCCAGAGACAGUUUGGAGUGGGCAGGGACAAGUGUGAAGCUCCAUCUCCCAGGCGCCUUCACCAAGAGGCACCCAACAACUCAUCAGAGACCAUUAAGGAGUGGGGCUAUCAGUGUGUGAUGAGAACCUCAGAAAAAGAGGGAACAAAUGUGCAUCAGGAAUAAAGAGGCAAGAGAAGUGUUC